AAAAAACAUGGAUGCGAAAUCUACAGAAAAGAAACCUCAGAAAACUAAAGCUCCGCCUCAUAAAAAAACUGGCAAAAAUAAUUCUAAGAAAAAGUCCCAAACGAGACCAGAUUCGUCUGGUAACAGGUCGGAUUCGUCCCGCCAUAUGACGUCACCAGCUGAUGACCUUGAACCCCACCGAUUAGAAGACCAGACGAAUAAAGAUGAAAACAAUGACGAUAAUAGAGAUGAAACAUACGAGGAUAACAGCGAUAGUGUACACAACGAAAACAACGAUGACAAAAAAGAAGCCAGUGAUAACGAUCACGAUGACACUGGCGACGACGAGAAGAACAAUAACGACGAUGACGACGAAAUAUUCUUUGACGAUCCGAUACUUUCCAGAGAAUUCGAAACCAGAUCGGGAGCGCCAUACAACGGAUACUACGGAGCAGACGCCGCCAAUCCUGGCUUGUCAACAAGACAGGCCAAAAUAAUAAAAGAUAUUUUGGCCAACUUUGACCUCGAAAAAGUCAUGGAUAGGUACCGGGGUGAAACUGUGUAUAGAAGUUUGAACAAACGAAAUCGCCGAGUGUGGCUGGAGGGUAUGAUGGGAAACGAGAAGGUUCCGUUUAACGACCGGAAGUGGAAUGAAAGCGUUCAAGCAGAAAGUCAUGAACGAUCUCGAGAGACAACAGGACGAGAGGGAGAGGAGGCUGGCAGACGCCGAGACACAGAGGAUUCUCAAGCUGAAGCUGCAGGGUGUCAUCAAGGACGAGGAGCAGACGGACAGGGGGUUCAACCACAACAGACAGAGCGUGUCAGAAAGAAAAUUUGAGAGAAGAAAAGCCAAAAAAACACGAGUCUCUGUUUUAA